UGAUACGGUUGAUGAUUUAAAUAAGCGUUCUCGUCCAAUUGAACUGUUUAAAUUACAUCUAUCUAAUUUAAGAGAAGAUCAAAAACCUUGGUUACCUCCGCAAUUAAAUUACAGGAAAGCAAUCAUAGAUUAUUUAACUCAAAUGCAGAUAUUGAUUAAAAGUACACUAGAAAGAAGGUGGCUGACAAUUAGUUUUCCGCAGCAUGUUGGUUUAAUUCUAACCAUUCCUGCUGAAUGGCCACCCCAUAAUACAACUGUCAUGCGCGAAUGUGCAUAUAAAGCUAGUCUCUUGACUACAUUAAACUCUACACAUCUUGAGUUUACUACUGAACCGGAUGCAAUUGCUUUAUAUUGCCUAAGUGUUAAGGGGCAUAAUCUUCAUUAUGGAGAUUCUUUCCUAGUUGCAGAUUGUGGUGAUGAUACAGUCGAUAUUAUAACGCGAAAAUUUCUUAAAAAUAACCGAUUAAAUGAGAUUACUAAACGUGUCGGCGAUCUAUGUGGUUUUACAUUUGUUGAUAAGGAAUUUUUACACUUUCUUGAGCAUAAAGUUGGAAUUCAAGCAUUAGAAAAAUUAAAACAAUGUAAAUAUGGACAAGUACAGUAUUUGAUUAAACGAUUUUUUUCUACUCGGAUUAGAUUUAAAUUUAACGAGGAUCGUGAAUGUUUUAGGACAUACAAGUUUAAUUUGCAACAUUAUUGUCCUAGUUUACCGCAAUAUGUUACGGGAGAAUUUAAAGAACAAAUGGAAGAAGUUGGAUGGAUUGUAAAACUUGAUUUUGAAUCAGUGAAAGGGAUGUUUGAUCCAGUUGUAGAUAGAAUCAUAAAAUUGAUUGAUGGUCAAUUAAAUGAUGUUAAGGAACAAUGCCGUGCAAUAUUUUUAGUAGGCAAAUUUAGCGAAUCACCUUAUCUUUUGAGUAGAGUAAGAGAAGCCUUUAAAGAUCGAGUUUCGAUUAUUGCAGUACCUGCUUUACCAAUAGCAGCAGUCAUUAGAGGUGCUAUAAUAUAUGGAUUAAACGUUAAACCUACUCACGACUUGUCAGAUGAGACUUCUUCUGUUCAUCGUAUUUAUGGUAUAAGCGCGUUAAGAUAGUUUAAUAUUAGUAAUGGCUGUAAGUUUAUUAACUAAUUAUUUAUUACAAAUUCGUAAAAUCUAUACAAUAUGGAUUGAUACUAGACGAGCUAGAUAAUUUAAAUAAAAUAAAAACAAUUUCAUCGCGUGUUUUUGA